UAAUAAUUUUUGUUUGCAUAAAUAUACACCAUUCAUAUUUCCAUGUUACCUGAAACAAUUUCCUUACUGUAAUCAUGAAAUGCUCGAAUCAAUUAUUUAAUUGAAGACAUACGAAAUUUCACGUAGUUUCACAGAUAGAUGGUUCCACUUCGGCCGCCAUGGAAUUUCUCAACAAUUCAUCUAGAUCGAGCUCUUUGAGGAUCGGAGAACGGAUCUGUGCAGCUCUAUUUCCAUUGGCUGCAAUCAUUGAGGUUUUGAUAUACGCAGUGAGUAAUUGCUUUGAAUACAAACCUCGCUUCAAGAAACAUUCUGCUUGCCGUUUCAGUGAUUUAGCUCGCCUUGCUCAAGAAUCUCGAUUUACUAUCAACGAAAUCGAGGCAUUAUAUGAGCUUUAUAAAAAAUUGAGUUGUUCUAUUAUAGACGACGGAUUGAUUCAUAAGGAAGAACUUCAAUUAGCAUUGUUCCAAACGCCUUACGGCCAGAAUCUGUUCCUAGACAGGGUUUUUGAAAUUUUUGAUGAAAAGAGAAAUGGUGUCAUCGAGUUUGAGGAAUUUGUACAUGCGCUUAAUGUAUUCCAUCCCUAUGCCCCUAUUGAAGAAAAAAUUGAUUUUGCAUUUAGGCUGUAUGAUUUGAGACAAACUGGAUUUAUUGAGAGAGAAGAAGUUAGGCAAAUGGUGAUUGCUAUUUUGCUGGAAUCUAACGUUAGAUUGCCGGAUCAACUUCUUGAUGAUAUCAUAGAUAAGACGUUUGCUGACAUCGAUGUGGACAAGGAUGGUAAAAUCAACAAAGAUGAAUGGAGAACGUUUGUGCUAAACCAUCCAGCGCUAUUGAAGAAUAUGACUCUUCCUUAUCUAAAGGACAUAACCACUGUAUUUCCAAGUUUUGUUUUCAACACCGAGGUUGAGGAUUGAAUCUCAAGCAUUCGUUAGCCUUUCCGGGCGUGAUGGUUAACAGCUUCGGUUAUACAAAACUGCCUUCUCCAGCCGACGAAGGGAUUUUGCUUGGAGCUUUCAUCAAUAUCACAAAAUUUGUAAGAUCAUUUAUCCAAAGCAAGCCGCGGAAGAUCUUCAUAUUGAUGCCUGCAGAUUGCAUAGCAUACCAUUUCAUUUUGUUGAUCUAACCUAACAUUUAUUUUGUACAGUGAGAAGAAAAACAUUUAUAUCGAUUUGUUUAGCUUGAUGGCCUCAAGUUUUUGAAUUUCUUAUUUACGCCCUUUAUUUCUUCUCUCGGGCACUCAAAUAUUUGUUGUCAUUGUAAAUUAAUUCUAUUUACUAUGUGUUUUCGCCUUCAUCCUGAAUCUGCUAAAAAUGUAGAAGUGAGUUAGCACAAUUAUGUGUUUACCAUAAUAUUAUUUAAGAAUUUUUUUA